AUGAGUGACUUGGAGGCAGCUCCUAAUCGUCGGCGCCUCCCUUUCUUUCGUGGCAGCCGGCCCGACCGGCCCAUGGCGUGUCGUUCUCGGUCGACCGUCCAUAGCCACCGAAUCGUGCGCUCCCUCUUCUACUUGAUCGCCUUUAUCUUCUGCCUUCUGGUCGUCAUUGGAAAUGUCUCCAACAAGCCGGUGUUACGCGACACGUACUUUCUUUAUCUCGAUCUCUCCAACAUCAUCCCGCUCUCCGUCCCCAACGCCCAGUUCAUUAAUUCCAUCGCCCAAUCCAUCGGUUUGCACGAUUUCUACCAGGUCGGCCUGUGGAACUUCUGUGAAGGCUACAAUGGCCAGGGCAUCACCCACUGCUCGCCACCGAAGGACCUGUACCACUUCGAUCCGGUCAAGAUCAUUCUGAGCGAAUUGUUGUCAGGUGCCAGUAUUGCUUUGCCCGCUGAAAUCACUAGCCCUCUACACCUAGCCAAGGUCGCGUCGCAGUGGAUGUUCGGCCUGUUCAUUACUGGCACCGUGCUCAAUUUCGUCCUGAUCUUCGUGAGCCCGUUUGCGGUGUCUUCACGCCCUCCCCAAACCAUCAAGUAUAUGGUCGGUAACUCCGGAACUGAGCCACCCUUGGGCGGGCCGCCCCACCGCCGACGCACCUUCGUCUUGUUCCGGGCCUUCCCCUUCCUGAUCAUCAGCUUUCUGACAGCCCUAAUCACGGUGGCUGCCACCAUCGUUGCGACCGUCAUGUUCAUCAUCUUCGCCAAUGUGUUCUCUAACGCGGACCCGAAUCUGAACAUCCAUGCCCACAUCGGCUCGCAGAUGUUUGCGUUUAUGUGGGUGGCCUCGGCGUUCAGUAUUUUCGCUUUCAUCAUCCAGUUCGGCUCCUGCUGCGCGGCUUGCUGUGGUGGUCGCAAGGCGCGCAAGCAGCUCAAGCAGGAGGGCGUGGAUGUGUAUGAGAAGCGUUCCUCCCAUAGCAACUCGUCGCCGACGGCAUCCACCGCGCAUGAGCAGCAGCCGUAUGAGCAGCAGCCGUAUGAGCAGCAGCCUCAUGCGCUUACUACUGCGUAA